CUGAAGAGACCUCACUUCUCAGGGGCACAUUUCUGCCUUUACCAGGAAUUGUGGAGGGGGCUCCCGAUCAUCCUCCCUGCUUGUGGCUUGUCAAUUGGAUGACCUAGGAAAUCAUUACAGCAGCUGAUAUACAGGGCACAAAACACCAGGCGAUCUUUGAAAAGAAAAUGGCUGCCAUAAAAAUAAAAAUUGAUGACAUCAAUAUUGAUGACCUUUUUGGAAACUCCACCACCCCUCAAUACUACAGUUAUGACCCAAGAUUGUCACCCUGUGCACAAAUAAUUAUCAGUAGUUCUGCAAAUGUUGUCUUGGCUAUUGUCUACAGCCUGGCAUAUUUCCUCGCCGUGAUGGGGAACCUGGUGGUGAUGAUCGUCAUUCUUCACAAUCGGCGCUCAACAUCCUCCACAGACAUCUACCUGCUCCACCUUGCCACGGCUGACCUGCUCUUUGCCAUCUCUCUGCCCUUCUGGGCAGUGGAUGCCAUGUCUGGGUGGGUGUUUGGCGAUGCCAUGUGUAAGGUUGUCAGCAUGCUCCAGGAGGUGAACUUUUACAGUGGCAUCCUGUUUCUGGCCUGCAUCAGUGUUGACCGUUACCUCGCCAUCGUCCACUCUGCCCAGUCCCAUUGGCAGAAGCGGCCAUUCCUGAUCAAACUGGUCUGUGCUGUUGUGUGGGUGCUGGCUGUUCUCCUGUCUUUACCCAUCCUCUACAAGGGCAAGUUCAUCUACAAUGAAAGAGUCCUGUGUUAUGAGUUACUCGAGGGUGAAUCCAUCACAACCUGGAAAAACACCACCAGGUUCUUGCGUCAUGUCAUUGGGUUCCUCAUCCCACUGGGUGUCAUGGUCUUCUGCUACAGUGUCACCAUCUGCAGACUGUGUCAGACGAAGGGUUUCCAGAAGCAGAAAGCCAUGAAGGUCAUUAUCGCCGUGGUGCUUGCAUUUCUUAUUUGUUGGCUGCCCCACAAUAUCACUGUGUUUGUCGACACUCUGUUAAGGAGCGAACUCAUCACCGACUCUUGUGAUAGGCGUAAACACAUCACCAUUGCUCUGAAUGUGACCCAGUGUUUGGGAUCUCUACACAGCUGUGUGAACCCAAUCCUGUAUGGCUUUAUCGGGAUAAAAUUUCGGAAGAACCUGGUCAGACUCCUGGCUAAUAAAGGACUCGUGAGCCCAAGUGAUGAAUCUCAGUUUCAGAGAACCGUCCAGUCCUCAGUCACUGGGACAACAUCAUUCACUAUUUAGACACAGUGUGAGAGCUUCUGCCAUCUUUCAGUGUGAAGUUGGAUGCAUAAUAAAGGACUGCUACUACUAUUGAUCAAACAUGAGGAAUUCUGCAGAUGCUGGAAAUUCAAGCAACACACAUCAAAGUCGCUGGUGAACGCAGCAGGCCAGGCAGCAUCU